AUGAUCGAUCGGCCAUCGAGCGCAUUCUCUCACAAGUCGCUCCGCAAAUGCGUCACUUUCCAGCCCCUCGCACCGGACGUUCAGUGUAGGAUGUGGACUGCGCUCGCCGAGGUAGGUUUGAAUGUCAAUGAAGGCAGCUUUGCACACGAGGCGGAGCAUACAUGGACCAUCGACAUCGAAACAGAGGUGGGUCGCCUGAUGUACCUCCGUAUGCGCAGGUCGAGAAGUCGAUGA